UUUUCUUUUUUUUUCCCCCCCUGGUUGUAAAGUGCCCAUGGCUUUCUUGAUGAAGAAGAAGAAAUUCAAGUUCCAGAUCAGUUUCACCCUGGAAGAGCUGACGGCGGUGCCUUUCGUGAAUGGCAUGCUAUUCUGUAAAAUCCGUCUGUUGGACGGAGGUGACUUCGUCACCUUGUCUUCCAGUUCAGGAGAACUGGAGAACUGUGUCCGCUGGAAGAAGAAAUUUACCUUCAUCUGCAAAAUGAGUGCCAAUCCCACCACAGGACUCCUGGACCCCUGCAUUUGCCGAGUCUCGGUCCGCAAAGAACUGAAAGGAGGAAAAGCCUAUUCCAAGCUGGGUUUCACCGACCUGAACUUGGCCGAAUUCGCCGGCUCGGGCCUGACCGUCCGAUGCUGCCUGUUGGAAGGAUACGACACCAAGAACACCAGGCAGGACAAUUCCAUCCUGAAGGUAACCUUAUUAUUUCCAAUAAUAAGCCCUUUUCUGCCUUUUCGCAGCCCACCUUCCACGGCCAAAUCCGUGGCCAUCCCAGGACAAGACUCGAGCCUGGAGCUCACCUGCAAAGGGGAGGGAACCAGCCGGACUGUAACUCCCAGCACCAAUGCAGCGUCUUCGAUCGGUUCCGUCCGUCAGAACAAGCCCAGGGCCACCAUCCUGGGGUCAGGGGUUUUAGAAGAACCAGACCAGAACUUAUCAAGUCCAGAAGAAGUGUUUCAUUCUGGCCACUCGCGAAAUUCAAGCUAUGCCAGCCAACAGUCCAGAAUCUCUGGAUACAGUACCGAGCACUCCAGAUCCUCCAGUCUGUCGGACCUGACCCACCGCCGGAACACGUCCACCAGCAGCAGCGCCUCCGGAGGUCUCAGCAUGACGGUCGAAUGCCCGGAGGGCGAACGGGAGCACAGAUUGGAGAAGCCACCAAGACCCCCCAGGCCAAACCUUUUGUCAGACAGAUCUUCUCGAAGGAAAAAGGAUUCAGUAGAAAGCCACCCCACUUGGGUCGAUGACACCCGGAUCGACGCAGGUGACAUUGUGGAGAAGAUCAUGCAAAGCCAAGAUUUCACCAACGUCAGCAACACUGAAGAUAGUAACCUGAGGCUGUUUGUGAGCCGAGAUGGCACAACUACCCUAAGUGGGAUUCAGCUAGCAAACAGAGUCUCGUCUGGAGUUUACGAGCCAGUGGUCAUCGAAACCCAUUAAAUGUGAACUACCCCAGAUGGAAACCUGUCUCUGCGGUUAGGGGGGUGGAGUGGGGUCCUUUCCUCCCCACCCCACCCAACCCCGUUUUUCUUUCUCCCUUUCUUUUUAAUCUUCUCCGCACAUAACAUUCCGGGCAGGACUUCUCAAUUUUUUAUUUUUUAUUUUUUUUUUGCAAUCCAAGCACUCCUCCCUUGCCCCGAGGUACUUCAUAAUUGGGCACUUUAUGUGGGAUCUGGGAAGGUGAUGCCAACGAUAUUUGGAAGGACACGGGAUUGACUGUCUUGCCACGUGCAACAGCUCCCCGGGAGGGACGGCAACUCAGGACGGCUCUCGUUACCGGGCGCCCACGGUUUGCCGAGCGUGGUUUGACCCAUCCUUUCUCCACUGCCUAGUCUACACCACUGUGAACGCUUCCCUCCCACCUGUCCAAGAAAAGCCUCCGAUUGGAAACGCUGCUCGCCACGGUCAUUGCAAAGAUUCAACGGUUGGUUCACCUGCGUCUCUCCUCUCAUGCGUUUAUUAUCCCUUCCAAGGGCUGAUGCUCAAGAAACCGAAGGCCCGAUUAACAUCGCCGCUUCGAACCGGAAGUCGUCCUCACACUCUGCCUUUCAUAGGAAACCGCUUGUGUGGUUUUGGUCUCAAAAAAAACCCCUUUCAAGCCUCCAUGAUCCCUGGAAAGCUUUUCAGAUGCCGUGUGGAAGUUCAGCUUUUAGCGUAAAGUCCUCCUCCUCCUGCGGGACAAGGAAGGGGAAGGACCUUGGCCAGCAACCAUGCAAGGCGACUCUUGAAGAAUCUCAGACGCGCCCAGGAAAAAGCUUUGGUUUUCCUCAAGGGAUACUAACUCUUGACUUUUUCACUAUUAUUUUUUUUUAAAGCCAGUUGUUUUGGAUAACACACAAACUGCUGCCAGGUGAGGGGUGGGGAGACCUCCAAGCCUGUUGGGGGGUUUCUGUUUUUGCUUGGUAUAGUUACAGUAGACAAAUAUCCCAUAUCAAUUCCAACGUUGUUGCCUUCUAGACCCGAAAACACGUUGGGUUAAGAUUCUCCUCGGUUGGGUUUUGAUUUGAAGCAGAGGCGUUGAGCGUUGAGAAGGUAUGCAGGGCCUCCUUUCUCCCCAUCCAAGCAUGGAUGGAGAAGGUUCCAUCACAACAUACCAACAUGUUCUCCGUUCACUUGCUUUCUCAUUGAGCGUGUGGAGUCUUGAGCUGACUCCAUAAGCAGUGAAAUGAGGAGGGUAGCAUCAGCCAUCGUCACUCAAAUUGUAUGUCCUCAACUAGGUUCUAUCACGUUUGGAAGGUGUGGGGAGAAGGGAAAAACUCCCUGGAUCGGUCUUUCCAUCAGAUGGAUGCUUUAUUGCCCUUUCCAUCCAAAGGUUGAGAUUUGUGUAGGAAACACAGCAGGUUUUUUAGGGCUCAGUGCAGAAGGUGUGAGCUGGUUUCCCCCAUGUUGCGUCCUUACGUUGGGACUUCUGCAAGCUACCUAUAGCUUUGUUCCUGUGCAGUGUCAUCCUACACAUAGGAUCUCCCUCCCAUCCUUCACUUGUUUGGUGGGGGUGGGGAGGGGCUCAGAAUUUCCUCAUUUCAAGAAAACUAACCUGGCCUUGUAGGCAUCAAUUGAGUCACACACACAUUUCGCACGGUUUAGUAAUGGCUCGGGGUGUCAUCUCCCCCACGUGCCUUUAGACUACUGACUUCUAAAA